AUGAACAGGAUCUUAAUCAACUGGAUUUCCAAACAACGUAAUUUUGAGGCCACUUGUCAGUGGCAUUUGGUAGAAUAUCAUGCCAACAAAAAAGAUAAACACAGAUAUAGUGAUAUUGUAAUUAAAACUCCAUAUCAGAUGAUUGUUUUGGAACUUCUAGCUACUGCAACCAAAACACAACUCAAUGAACACUUUGUACAAGCACUUGGAUAUGGGAAUAAGCUAUCUGCAGAAGAUGUUUGGAUAGUACAUUUCACAUGUGAGGAUAAUUCAACCCAAAAUCCCUAUGAUCCAUCUAAUGAAGAAUUGAGCAAACUUAAUAUUGUACACUUCUUGCAUGAUGAAGAGUUUAAAA